AUGGCUCCAAACUCCGAGCUCCAUGUUAGAUACUGUGUUUUAUCUGAGGAGGGUGUUGCUAUCACUGUUAUUGUGGUGAAGUUUGGAAUAGGUAUUCUAGAUCUUUAUUCUGAAUUGAAGGAACUGGUUCCUGAGUAUCAGGAACGUGUUAAAAAGCUGAAGAAAGAUCAUGGAAGUAUUGAGUUGGGAAAAAUCACUGUUGAUAUGGUACUUGGUGGAAUGAGAGGAAUGACAGCUUUAGUAUGGCUAGGGUCAGCUGUUGACCCAGAUGAGGGAAUUAGGUUUAGGGGCAUGUCAAUUCCUGAAUGCCAGAAAAAGCUUCCAGGUGCUUUUCCUGGUGGGGAGCCUUUGCCUGAGGCUGUACUGUGGCUUCUAUUGACAGGAAAGAUACCAAAUAAAGAGCAAGUAGAUUCAUUAGCGCAGGAAUUGCGAAGUCGUGCAACUAUCCCAGAUUAUGCUUAUAAGGCAAUUGAUGCAUUGCCUGUUUCUGCUCAUCCAAUGACUCAAUUUACAACUGGUGUCAUGGCACUUCAGGUGCAGAGUGAGUUUCAAAAGGCAUAUGAGGGUGGGAUAGCUAAGGCAAGGUAUUGGGAGCCAACUUAUGAGGAUACCAUGAAUUUAAUUGCACGGUUGCCAGCCAUUGCUGCUUAUAUUUAUCGGCGGAAAUACAAGGAUGGAAAAAUUAUACCGUUGGAUGAUUCUUUGGAUUAUGGUGCAAACUAUGCUCAUAUGUUAGGUUUUGAUGAUCCGGAAAUGCUGGAGUUUAUGAGGCUGUAUAUUUCCAUCCACAGUGACCAUGAAGGUGGAAAUGUUAGUUCGCACACAGCCCACCUAGUUGCUAGUCCUCUAUCAGAUCCUUACCUUGCAUUUGCUGCUGCUUUGAAUGGUUUAGCUGGUCCCCUGCAUGGUUUGGCCAAUCAGGAGGUUCUCCGAUGGAUCAGGUCAAUAGUUGCAGAGUUUGGAACUCCCAACAUAAGUACUGAACAAUUGGCUGAUUACAUUAACAAAACAUUGAGUAAAGGGCAGGUUGUGCCUGGAUAUGGGCAUGGGGUUUUGCGCCAGACAGAUCCAAGAUACACGUGCCAGAGGGAGUUUGCUUUGAAGCAUUUGCCUAAUGAUCCACUUUUCCAGUUGGUGUCUAAAAUCAAAGAGGUUGUGCCUCCCAUUCUUACAAAGUUAGGAAAGGUUAAAAAUCCAUGGCCUAACGUCGAUGCUCACAGUGGAGUGCUACUGAACUACUAUGGUCUAACUGAGGAAAACUAUUAUACUGUACUAUUUGGUGUAUCAAGGAGCUUUGGAGUUGGCCCUCAGUUGAUAUGGGACCGGGCUCUGGGAAUGCCCCUUGAAAGGCCGAAGAGUGUCACACUGGAGAAGCUCGAGCAAUUGUGCGCCAAAUCAUCCUGA